AUGUCGGAAGCGGGUCAUAAAUUGGACCCAAAGCAAUUUGCUCUUCCGGGAAAGUCAACCACUCAGGCACUCGUUUAUCUCCUCCACGUGAUUCAUGCUGCUUUAGAUCAAGGCCACUGCUCUGUAAGAAUCUUUUUUGUUGAUUUCAAAAAAGGUUUUGAUCUCGUCGACCAUAAUGUCAUUAUUGAUGAACUUUUAAAAUUACAAGUGAGUCCUGCCAUUAUAAGAUGGAUAAAGUCGUUCCUUACCUCCCGUGAACAGUCUGUAAAAAUCGGAUCAUAUUCUUCCUCAUGGAAACCCGUUAACGGUGACCUACCUCAAGGAACUAAACUUGGGCCUCUUCUCUUUGCCAUUUUAGUCAAUUCCCUCCUACUGGACUGGAAUGGGCGGAUAAAGUUUGUAGAUGAUGCUACUGCACUAGAAAUUGUUCCACGUUGCUCUCCUAGCUUGCUACCUAUUCUCGUAAAUGAUGUAUCUCAGUAUGCCUCAAGUAGAGGAAUGAAGCUUAACAGUAAGAAAUGUAAGGAGAUGACAAUAUCCUUCCUCCAAUACCACCUUCCACUUGAUAAUUCGUUCAUAUAG